AUGUCACAAUCCUCAACUAACGUAGAUAAGGAGGUGCCUACAAGUGGUAGUGGCUCGAUAGGAGCCACUAUAAAAACUACUAAGUUGACAGCUGAUCAAAUAGAUAAGUUGAGUAAGAUUAUUGAUGCAAUUCCUGACAUAUUAUCGAAGACAGAUAAUCCAGAAUACGACGAAAUCUAUGGAUAUAGAAUUAACGUUGAAUCGAAAGACCACGUUGUUCCUAAUACACGGAAUGAGAUUUUGUUGAAGUUUUUAAUUGCCAAUAACUACGACGUUGAUGUGACUAAGGAAAAGUUGAUAAAAACAUUGAAUUGGAGGAAUAGUUUUCAGCCAUUGUCAGCAGCGUUUGAAGAAGAGUUUGAUUCAAUUUUCGAAGCAUUGGGUGCUAUUACAGAAUCAAGCAAUGGCAAACCUAAUUUGAAAGUUGUUACGUGGAAUCUUUACGGAGACUUGAAGGAUCCAAAAAAGCUCUUUGAGAAGUAUGACUCAGAGGACAAAACAAGCAAGGAGGGAACACCUUUUCUUAGAUGGAGAGUCGGUUUAAUGGAGAGAGCGCUUACGCUAGUUGAUUUCAAUGAUCCUUCUAAUCAUAAGAUCGCUCAAGUUCACGACUAUAAUAAUGCGUCUAUGUUCAGAAUGGAUCCAGGAAUGAAGGCUACAACGAAGCAAAUUAUAUCUUUGUUCGCAGAAAGCUAUCCAGAAUUGCUUUCUUCCAAGUUCUUCAUCAAUGUCCCUUCAUUGAUGAGCUGGGCUUACGCUUUUCUUAAGCUAUUUAUCAAUGCUGAGACUUAUAAAAAGUUUCACUUCAUGAAUAAUGGUGACUUGUCUGAAUGGUUCGGAAAGUCUGAUCUCCCUUCCGAGUAUAACGGUAAUGUCAAGAACGACAAAGUCUCUCUGCUUCAGGCCUUGAAUGAAUCUUGUAAGCCUAAGAUAAAGAUACCAGAAUACGGAAAGGUUUUACUUGAGAGAACAAGUAAAAGCAAAGAGACGGAUGAACCACCGACUAACUAA